AUGUCUAAAAGCAGCAACCAAAAACGCUUCCAACUGAGAAAACAAUGUCGAGAAGCCUUAGCGGCUCAUAUAUUUAACCGACUUCACCUCGUCGUCCCUCCCGAACGAGUCCGUCUUCAACCGCGGCCCGAAGAUGGAUACGCUUGGUCUGUCACGAACGCGAAUGCCGCUUUGCUCAAAUCAAAUCUAAGUAGUGCCACGAUAAACCUUUACCAGAAAAUAUUGAAGGAGCUCGGUUCCUCACUCGAAGCUGUCAAUCCGCAUUCCAAUACAUGCGGCUUUCCAAAGGAGACCCAGGGUUUCCGUGAAGGAAUAAUGGAUGGUUCUUUCACGGCAGAGAUAUGCGAGCUUAAGGCUGCUAACGGCCGCAUCGAAAUGGAAUUGGAACGCACUCGUUCUCGGCUAGAUGAUUGUCUUCGCGAA